UCAAUGAUAUAAAUAAAUAAAUUUAUGAUUUUUCGUGUACCAUACCACACCAAACCAUUACCCAAACACUUUACCACAAAAGACCAACAAAAGACAGACAAACACGUUUAUCAUCAUCUCAUCAUCGUCAUAAUCAGAGAAACUUUGGCAACUUGUCUUAACUUCCGUUUACUUUCCGGCAACUAUCAGCCGCUUCAUCUGACCAAGUAACCGUUAAGUUUGUUAAUCUUUCUUUGCCUUUGACUCUUUCUGCUUCUUUUUAAAUUUUAGUUUAUUUUCAGCUUUUAUUUGGAUAUAUUGUUAUGAGAUGUGAAAAAAAAAAAAAAUCUCAGCGCUUUGAAUUUGGGAUUCAGUGAAAAGUAGGAUUUUUUUCUUUUUUUUUUUUAGAGUUGAUUUGGUAUGGGGGUUGGUCUUAAUUGGAAUCACGGGUGUGUUGGUGUACUGUUUUUGGACUUCUGGGGAAGAACCGAAGCUGAUUAGUUGUAAUUAAUAGUAUAGUUUAGCAAUUUUGGGGUCUUGGAGCACUGAUCUGUAGCUGGAAUAAGGUUAAAGUUCUGGUUUGUUGUUGUUAAAUUGUCCUUUUUGAGGUUAAAUUACUGGGUUUUGGUCUUCUGGUUAUCUGGGUUUCAUAAAUGAAGGCUAGAUUUGGAAGUGAAACUCAUCAUUUUUAUGGUAUGAAUCCGGCGGAUUUGCGGGCAGUGGGGAAAAGGACGUUGGAGUGGGAUUUGAAUGAUUGGAAAUGGGAUGGUGACCUUUUCAUUGCUAGCUCCAUUAAUCCAGUAUCUGCUGAUAGCAUGGGAAGGCAGUUUUUCCCACUGGGGUCCGGGAUUCCUGUGAAUUCGUCCAAUAGCUCUUCGUCAUGCUCUGGUGAAGUGAAUCUGGAAACUGAGAAAGGGAAAAGGGAAUCGGAGAAGAAGAGGAGGGUUAUUGUGCUUGAAGAUGACGGUCCGAAUGAAGCAAGUAGCCUUACUUUGAAGCUUGGGGGCCAAGGUGGUGAAGGUUUUCCAAUCAGCCAAAGGGAGAUGAGAAAUUGGGAGGGAACUAGUGGGAAGAAGACUAAGUUGAGCGGAGGUUCUGGAAAUCGUGCAGUUUGUCAGGUUGAGGACUGUGGGGCUGAUCUGAGCAAUGCCAAGGAUUAUCACAGACGCCAUAAGGUUUGUGAGAUGCAUUCAAAGGCUAGCAAGGCACUGGUCGGAAAUGUCAUGCAGCGAUUUUGUCAGCAGUGUAGUCGGUUUCAUGUCCUUCAAGAGUUUGAUGACGGUAAGAGAAGCUGCCGCAGACGUCUGGCUGGCCACAAUAAAAGGAGGAGGAAAACAAAUCCUGACACUGUUGUCAACGGCAAUUUAAUUAAUGAUGAGCAGACUAGUGGUUAUCUGUUGUUAAGUCUGUUGAGGAUACUUUCUAACAUGCAUUCUAACAGAUCUGACCAGACCACAGAUCAGGAUGUGCUAUCUCAUCUUCUAAGGAACCUUACAAACCAUACCGGUGAACAAGGGGGAAAAAACAUAUCUAGGCUUUUGCUUGAACCUCAAGAUUCAGAAGCAGUUUCGGCUUUGUUUUCGAAUGGCCAAGGCCCUCCUCAGCCUUUUAAGCAGCACAUCACUGGACCUGCAUCAGAGAUGCCACAGAAAGGAGUAUGUUCUCAUGGUGCUAGGGGUGAUGAACUCCAAGGCGAUACAGCUGGAGCGGCUAAGAUGAAUAAUUUUGAUUUGAAUGACAUAUAUAUUGACUCAGAUGAUGGCACAGAUGACAUAGAGAGGUCACCUGCACCUGUGAAUACAGGGACUAGCUCUCUUGAUUGCCCUUCAUGGGUCCAACAGGACUCUCAUCAGUCAAGUCCACCACAGACUAGUGGAAAUUCUGAUUUGGGAUCUGCCCAAUCACCUUCUAGUUCCAGUGGUGAUGCUCAGAGCCGUACAGGUAGGAUUGUAUUUAAAUUAUUUGGGAAAGAACCAAAUGAUUUUCCUCUGGUCUUGCGAGCACAGAUUUUUGACUGGCUGUCUCAUAGUCCCACUGACAUUGAGAGCUAUAUUAGGCCAGGUUGCAUUGUUCUGACAAUUUACCUUUGUCAAGCUGAGGCUGCAUGGGAUGAACUUUGCUCUGAUCUGAGUUUCAGUUUGAGUCGGCUUCUGGAUUGUUCAGAUGACACUUUCUGGAGGACUGGAUGGAUUUAUAUAAGGGUGCAAGAUCAUAUAGCAUUCAUUUAUAAUGGUCAGGUUGUGGUAGAUACAUCUUUACCACUUGGAAGCAACCAUUAUAAUAAAAUUGUGAGUGUCAAACCAAUUGCAGUAUCUGCAACUGAGAGAGCUCAAUUUUUGGUUAAAGGUAUCAAUCUGUCUCAACCAACCUCAAGGUUGCUCUGUGCAGUAGAAGGAAAGUAUCUGGUACAGGAAGCUACUCAUGAGUUGCUGGAUGGCAAUGAUGAUUUCAUGGAGCAAGAUGAGCUUCAGUGUGUUAACUUUUCUUGCUCUAUCCCUACUGUGACUGGGAGAGGAUUCAUUGAGAUUGAAGACCAUGGUUUUAGCAGCAGUUUCUUCCCUUUCAUAGUUGCUGAGGAGGAUGUUUGUUCAGAGAUCCGUAUGCUUGAGAGUGUACUGGAGAUUACUGACACUGAUUCAGAUGUUGGCAGAAUUGGAAAGAUGGAAGCCAAAAAUCAAGCUAUGGACUUUAUUCAUGAAGUUGGUUGGCUUCUUCAUAGAAGUCAAUUGAAGUCUAGAUUGGGCCACUUGGAUCCUAACCGGAAACCCUUUCCUCUAAGUCGGUUCAAGUGGCUUAUGGAGUUCUCUAUGGACCAUGAAUGGUGUGCUGUAGUGAAGAAACUUCUAAAUAUUUUUCUUGAUGGAAUAGUGGGUUCAGGGGAGCACCCUUCCCUUAACAUUGCAUUAACAGAAAUGGCUCUUCUUCACAGAGCUGUUAGGAAAAAUUGUAGACCUUUAGUGGAGCUCCUUUUAAAAUUUGUCCCUGAGAAAGCUUCAGAUAAAUUAGGAUUUGAAAACGAGACAGUGGCUGGUGCUGUCUUGUUUAGACCUAAUGUCCUAGGCCCUGCAGGUUUGACUCCUCUUCACACUGCAGCUGGUAAAGAUGGUUCUGAGGAUGUGCUGGAUGCAUUAACUGAUGAUCCUGGAAAGGUUGGAAUAGAUGCUUGGAAGAGUGCUCGGGACAGCACUGGCUCAACGCCUGAAGAUUAUGCUCGAUUGCGUGGCAGUUACUCGUACAUACACCUGGUACAGAAGAAAAUUAAUAAGAGACCAACUUCUGGGCAUGUGGCGGUUGACAUUCCCAGUGCCCUCUCUGAUUGUAGCACAAACCAGAAGCAAAAUAACAAGUCAGCCUCCAGCUUUGAGAUUGACCAGCUUGAAUUGAGAUCCAUGAAACGACAUUGCAAGCUUUGUGAUCAGAAGCUGGGUUAUAGCCACGGAACGGCUGGCAGGACAUUGGUUUACAGGCCUGCAAUGCUCUCAAUGUUAGCAAUAGCUGCAGUAUGCGUCUGUGUUGCUCUACUAUUUAAGAGCUGUCCUGAAGUUCUAUACGUGUUCCGUCCCUUCAGGUGGGAAUUGUUGGAGUACGGAACGAGCUGAAAGUCAGGUAACUCUCAAGUAUAAUUAGGUGGUUUGUAUUUGUAAUCCGUUUAUAAUUAGACUGUAAAGUUGAGAUUUGGUGUAUGACUGAGUUGACAAAUGUUUAUUUGGUUGUUCAGUCAUGAAUGUAAUGUUUUCAGGGUAUUAACAUAACACAUGCAUAUUUGCAUGGGUCUCUCUCUCUCUCUCUCUCUGGGGUCUGAGGUUCCUGACUUUGACAUGGAUAGCGGGUUAUGUAGCAUUAGCAUUGUUGCCAUUUUUUUUUAUCUUAUCAUAAUAAUAAAAAUCUGUGUUGCUGCAGCUCUCCUGUUGGAGGAUGAUUGAUCCCUUCUUCUUUUUUA